CGUCAGUUUAGAAGUUAGUCUCGUCACGACUUUCACGUCGACGACAUUUAAACCCAGACAGAGUUAUAAAUAUAAAACAUAUCCUUUUAAUUAAUGUCAUAAAAUUAAAAUGACGAAGAAAGAAUAUUGAUUUUAAUUUUAACAAAAUUAAAUUAAAAAAAAAAAAAGAUAUUUCUUCUUGCCGUAACUUUGUUCGCUAAUUUAACUCCGCUAUGAGCUCAGUAAUUAGUUUAUUCAAUUACUAUACUCACUUCGCACUAAAUAAUUUCCCGUCAACUUGACGUUAAAUUGUUCUGAUACCAACAAUAAUAAUAAAUUUAAUAAAAUAUAUCCUGUAAAAUAAAUUUCGGGGAAAAUGGAUGUGCAAAAAAAAUUUUUGUGUCCGAGAUUAGUCGACUAUUUGGCUAUCGUUGGCACAAAAGCACCUCCUGUUUCACGACAACCAGUUCAGGUACCGGAAUUAUUACGCCGUUAUCCAGUAGAAGAUCAUAAAGAUUUUCCUCUGCCACUGGAUAUGGUUUACUUUUGCCAACCGGAAGGUUGUUCUAGUGUUGGGCCUAAGCGAAGUGCUCAGAGAGAUUCAACGUCAUUUACUUUUACUCUCACUGACAAAGAUUCCGGUAAAACACGUUACGGAAUAUGCGUUAAUUUCUAUCGACCAGUCGAGCGUUACACAUCUACAUCUGGGUCCAAUAGUGUCUGGAAAAAAAAAGACAAGAAUGACGCGAAAUUACGUAAAGAAAAUUGGCGCAAAAGUAUGGAGCGCAGCACUGAUUCUGCAUUUUCAAGCGACUACAGAAGCAGUGUAAUUGGUCCCAGCGACUCUGAGAGGGAAUUCCCAAGUCGCAGAGGAUCCGAUACUCCAUUAACUACCAGGGCGCCUCGCUUGGGAAUCACUGCGCCGAGUUGCGACAGCGAAAGUGGUGGAAGUCAUUCACCGUCACCUCGAGCUUCUCGUCGUCGACAAAGAAUACGAAAUCAUUCAUUAACUUCAUUGUGUAUUAUAUCUCAUCAUCCAUUUUUUUCACGUUUCCGAGAGUGUUUAAAUGUUUUAAAAAAAUUAAUCGAUGCCUGCAAUGAAAAUGCAUUGCCUCAGAAAGUUGGAGUUUCACGGCAGACAAAUAGAGACACUGUCUGGAGUGUAUUGACGUCACAAAGUUUCCAAGGAGCAUCAUCGCUCGUAUUACAUGACGUCCGUGAAAUAGAAACUUGGAUUUUACGAUUACUUAGUGCCCCAGUUCCCGUUCCUGAUAAAACCCGUGUAGAGCUAGAAGUUUUAUCACCCCAAGUUCCGCCGUUAUGUUUUGCGCUCCCAGAUCAUACGCGUUUUUCGCUAGUUGAUUUUCCUUUGCAUCUUCCAUUAGAGCUACUGGGGGUUGAAAUUUGUCUCAAAGUUAUGACAUUAAUUCUCCUAGAGCACAAGAUUGUCCUCCAGUCCAGAGACUAUAAUGCUCUUUCGAUGUCAGUAAUGGCAUUUGUUACAAUGAUUUAUCCAUUAGAAUACAUGUUCCCGGCAAUUCCUUUGCUACCCACGUGCAUGAGCUGUGCUGAACAAUUAUUAUUAGCGCCAACACCUUUUGUUAUAGGAAUUCCGGCGUCCUUUUUAUUAUACAAAAAAAACUUUCGUAUGCCAGAUGACAUUUGGCUUGUUGACCUAGAUAGCAAUAAAAUUGUUCCACCAAGUGGUUAUCACGAGACAAUACCACCGCUUCCGGAACCCGAAGGCACUAUUUUAAAAAAUCAUCUCAAGCAGUCAAUGCAAUUAAUGGAUCAAGCUGGUUCCAAUAAUAUAAACACGGGGCCACAUCAAUUAUCAUCGAAAAUAUCUCCGCAGUCUGGAGUGCCGUCUCCAAGCCGUAGAGAAAGCUCAGCUUCGCAUCAAUCUACUCUAAGUGUGAUAUCUUCAUCCAGACAUAGACCAAGUGUCGACCAUGGAAAUUCAUCGCAGCAUAGUCCUAUAAGUUCACCCAUAGCGUCAACAGCUUCGAGCCCAAGUCGUAUGUCAUUCAGCAGCCCAGUUGGACAGAAGCCAAAUCAAGCUCAGCAACAGCAACAGCAACCCCAACUCUUCAACCCUUUUAUCUACGGCAAUGACGUCGACUCUGUAGACGUAGCGACAAGAGUAGCAAUGGUGCGAUUUUUCAACUCACAGAAUCUCCUAGCGAAUUUCACUGAGCAUACUCGCACACUGCGACUCUAUCCUCGUCCAGUGGUCGCCUUUCAGAUAAAUUCAUUUCUUCGCUCCCGGCCAAGGACUAGCGAGUUUCUGGACAAGUUUGCGAGGACUCAAGCCGUCGAAUUUUUGGCUGAGUGGUCUCUUACGCCCAAUAAUGUCGCCUUUCUCAGAGUACAAACUGGCGUAUUUGAUCCGGCACAAAUCGGUGAUAAGGGUCGCUGGUUUGCUGACUCGCUGGAGCCCAUUUAUUUUUCUGUGUGGGAUGCUUCCAAUUCUCUUAUCAACGCUAUCAAAUCGCUCGAGGAAAUGGAAAACCAGCCGACGGAUGAAAGCGAAUCUGAUUCCGAAGGGGCUGAUAGUACAAGCUCGUCUUAUUCUUCGUUAUCGGAUUUCGUAUCGGAAAUGGCUUCUUCUGACUUAUCUCCCAGUAACCAUCAUUCACAAACAACCCAGCAUCAGAUGUCAUUGUCAGUGGAUCCAAAAAAUCUUUACAACCCUCCAGAAUCAUUGCAGUAUCCUGGUAACGAAGAAGACAACGCAGCGCGUCCUGACAGUCCAACAAGUACUUCUUCUAGUCACAGCGAUCUCAGUAGCCCGAGUUGCAAUCGAGACUCGGAAUUAGAACUCAAUCCUAAAGCUCAGGAACUCUUCCAAGUUCCCAAAAAUAUGCCGCCAAUAAUUCCGAGUUUAGAACGCCAGCCGAGUAUCGGUAACGUGCUGGAUCGUACACCAAGCUUAACUGGUGUAGGUCCACUGUUGCUUCGGCAAAUGAGUACAGGGGAAAAUUCUCAAAGAAGAUCCAGCUUGGCAAGCAGUCCCAAAGUGAACGAACGUUCGCCAGCUUCACCGAUCAAUCCAUUCACUCGACAGAAGAGCGGAGAAAAAGUCGAUGGUAAUGGUGUGCUUAGACAAUCAUCCCAAGGCUCAUUGUUCGAACAAUUCGCCUCUCAAGCCAAGGAUUUGGUGCGAGAAACUACGAGACAGAGCAGUCAAGACGGGAUUUUAGCGCACAUGGACAAGCUCAAGAUCCAGGCGAAGGAAAAAAUUACAGAAGCUGGAGAAGAUAGUCUUUUUGCUCCACUAGAACAUCUGACGCAACAAACGAAAAAAGCAGUAGACGGUGCGACGAAAUCAGUCCAAGAAGCUUCCAAGUCAGCGUUGGAAGCCAGUAAAACAGCAGCAGGUGUCAGUAAAAACACUCUCGACGACUUGACUUACGUCGGAAAGAGCACCAUUGGAGAUUUAACUAAGAGUGCUAAGGAAGCGACGAAGAAAGGUCUAUUGAAGAGCUUAGGGGAAUCCCAGCAGUCCCCAGAACAAAUGCCUCAAUCAGCUCGUCAAUCACUAAAGCGUGAUUCAUUGAACACUCAGUUAGUGGCGUCAGAAACGCGGGGAGGACGCCGCGAAAUUGGUCGUGAUUUUUUCAGCAACGUCAGCAGUGAUAUUACUGGAAUAGCCACGCAAACGAGCAACAUGUUUAGUGAUUUAUUCGGUAGUAAGAACAGCUCAAAUCGGAACAGCAAUAAUUUAUUAUCAGGAGCCCAGAAAAUGAAAGACAAAUCAUCGAUUCCGUCGUUCAGUCCUUUUAAGCGAGGCAAAGGCGGGCUUAUGGAUAAGAGUUCCUUGAUCAAGCACACGAGUAAUAGGAGCGACGCUGAGGAUAUACAACGAGCACAGAACAAUGAACGGACUAAUACCAAUAAUGACAAUCAAGCUUUUAUUACUGAAGUUAUUAAUCAGGUUCUCGCUGGAGAGGGAAUAGGAUACUUCAAGCUUAACAGAUUGAAGAAGUUAAUGGAAGACGAGAGCUAUAGAGACGUCGUUGUUACUAAAUUGAACCGGGGGAUCAAUCGUAAAAUAAGUCCCGAUGAUCAUAUUGACGACGUUUGUAUAUCUCGGGCAAUUUAUAAAGGAAUGCUUAUGUGCCUUCAAGCAGUAGCCAGUGGCUUAGCUCAUACCUACAGUAAUUACGGCCUUGGUGGUAUGGCAUCGGUAUUUCAAUUAAUGGAAAUUGCUCACACGCAUUAUUGGAGCAAAGAUCUCAAUGACGGGGUCUACGAAGCCCCACUCAUGCUACAAACGAGUUCAUUUGAAAGUCAUGAAAAUUUACGAACAAACUCUGCUAAUAAAUCGGAGGUUGUUGAUGUUACUAAAACGCUAUCGUCUCAACAUUUACAUGACGGAUCACUAGUUCACUUAGAAAUAUCACAUGCGGUCUCUCCGUCAUCUACCUCUGACAGCAAUCAAUCGACGGCAGAUUUAUUUCUUGAUAUGUUUUCCAAGAAAGGAAAACUAUUAAGUAAACUGGCGUCUUUUGAUUCUGAAGGCGGUAGUCGUACGACACACGGGUCAUCAAUUAUGAGCUUGGGCGGCGAUUCCCCAGACAAUAAAAAUACUAUAUCGAACCACCCGGCAUUCCGGCAGUCACAUCAGUCAACUUUAUCAAUACGUAGUGCUGUUUCCGAUAGCGAAGUCGAGCAGGGUAACAACCGCAGCGAAAAGCGAGGGAGUAUUUGGUCUAGUAAAUCAUCCUUAAGUGCUGGGUUUCGAUACCAUGGGGGCAAUUUGCUGCCUACUACAACAACUCCUAGCCCUGAAGCCGCCAGAACUUAUUUAUUUGAAGGUUUAUUGGGGAAAGAAAGAUCACGUCUUUGGGAUCAAAUGCAAUUUUGGGAAGACGCGUUCCUUGACGCUGUAUCACAAGAACGUGACAUGAUUGGAAUGGACCAAGGUCCAGGUGAAAUGAUGGAAAGAUAUAAAAGCCUAAGUGACAGCGAACGUCGUCGCCUGGAGCAUGAUGAAGACCGGCUACUUUGCACGCUUCUACACAAUCUAACAGCAAUCCUGGUGAUGUUAAAUGUCGAAAAAGUGGAGUUGAAGCGGAAAAUUCGUCGGUUGCUGGGCAAAAGUCACAUCGGUUUAAUUUACAGUCAAGAACUUAAUCAACUGCUAGAUCAAAUCGAUAACCUGCACGGCAAUGACAUCGAUUUAAAGCCACUGACGUCUCGACAAAUGCAUAGACAGUCGUUUACCGUUCAUGCUGGUACAGAUGCCGACGGCGAGUUGCGUUUUCUAGAAGUUCGGCAUGAUGGAUUAGUAUUAAGAUCGGUAAACGGUGUAAUUGUCGAGCGUUGGUGGUAUGAGCGGUUAGUUAAUAUGACUUGUAGCCCUAAAAAUAAGGUAUUAUGCUUAUCUAAACGAAAUGGAGAUCAAUUGGAGCUGCAUAAUUAUUACACUAAAAAAAGCAAAGAUCUCUACUACUGCAUAAAAGACGCGAUAGAAAAGGCAGCAGCUCGCGGUCGGGCUAAUCUCGGAGUUGAACUGGGCGACGAAUUUCCUGUACAGGAUGUAAAAACCGGGGAAGGCGGGUUACUGCAAGUAUGCAUUGAAGGUGUGGGAUUACUUUUUGCCAAUAGCAAGGAUUUUGAGUUUUUUGUAAGGUUUGAACAUAUUCGCAAGUGCUUUACACAACACGGAGGAAUUUUUGUGCUUGAAGAAUUCAAUCCCAAAACACGGCAGAUAAUUCAACAUAAAUAUUUAUCUUCAAUGGCAAGAGAAAUAUGCUACGCAGUAAUUUGUGUGUUUUCCUACUUGGCGACUGGAGUGAAACAGCGAAAAUUAUCUAAACAAGAGCAAGAAUCAAUAUCUAAUACGGGUGUGACUAUAAAAGAAAGAAAAAAUAAACAUACUGACAAUUAAAAUUAUAUUUGAAGAUAUAUAGAGUUUAAAUGAUUUUUAAAGUGAUUAAAAAUCACAAAUAAUUGUUUACAUAAUUAUAAAAAAAUUGUAAAUAUAAAUAUUGAUGUUUAAAAAUUAACAUAACUUCGAGCCAAAGAAUAGUUUUAGUAAUUUUAAUUAUUUUUUAAUACCUUUAAUAUUUUAAUGAGUUGUAGACCUGAUAAGCAAUACCCGUAUGAGUGCCUACAUAAUAAAUUUGUGAUUAUAAA